UGAUUUUGUUCUUGAUUCCCUAUCCAUCAAUUAUGAAACACUUUUAUUCUGCACCACAGAGCUCUUUCCUCAGCUGUGAAAAAUGCCAAAGCGACCCAGUGAGGCCGAUGAUGAGCAUGCGUCCCCUGAAGCAAAGAAGAUCAAACUUGACUGUCCAUCAGAUCCUGUCAAUUUGAGCCAUGCCGAUUAUACAAUUGGAUGGAUUUGCGCAUUGCCAAAGGAGCAAACCGCGGCGAUUGCCAUGCUAGAUCGAAAGCACCUAGAUCUUCCAUCUCUUGCCCAUGAUGACAACGCCUACACUCUUGGAUCAAUUGGUAGCCAUAACAUUGUCAUAGCCUGUUUACCGAAAGGGCGGUAUGGCACCAAUUCUGCGACGACAAUCGCGACAAAGAUGCUCAGCUCCUUUCCAUCCAUCAAAUUCGGGUUAUUGGUUGGGAUCGGAGGCGGCAUCCCAUCCAAGGUUCGACUUGGGGAUGUCGUGGUUAGUACGCCAAUUGAUCAGUAUCCAGGAGUUGUUCAAUGGGACCUGGGUAAAGCGGAAGACGGCGGAAGUUUUAAACGAACUGGAGCGUUGAAUAGUCCGCCAAAUGCACUUCUCAAAGUCUUAUCAAAGCUGGAGUCUGAGCAUGAGAUGCAAGAGUCCAAAAUCCCCAUCUUUUUGGAUGAAAUGAAACAGAAAUACCCAAAAUUAUACCCGAAAUACUUUUGGAAUCAGUCGCUUAGAGAUCCUCAAGACCAAAGUGUCGAAAGAACGGCAAUGAGAUGCCCAGACAUUCACCAUGGCUUAAUCGCAUCAGGUAACCAAGUCAUCAAAGAUGCUGAAGUCCGCGACCGUCUCAAUGAGGAUCUUGGUGGGAAUGUACUGUGUAUUGAAAUGGAGGCUGCGGGAUUAAUGAAUGACUUUCCCUGUCUCGUUGUCCGAGGCAUCUGUGAUUAUGCAGACUCGGGUAAGAACAAAGAUUGGCAAGAGUACGCUGCUGCUGUAGCGGCAGCUUAUGCGAAAGAAAUCCUUUCCGUGUUACAAAUUUGGGCCGUGGAACACAUGGAGUCAGUUAAAGACAUCUUGUCGAAUAUUAAUGCAGAACUUGGAAGCAUACAGACAGCUGUCAGUGAAAUGGCAACUCGACAGUACGCCCAAGACCACCAAGCCUUUUUAGACUGGUUGACGUCAGUCGAUUAUACAUUGCAGCAAAAAGACUAUUUCAGCAAGCGGCAGCCUGGAACUGGCCAAUGGCUUCUUAAAUCUGACAUAUUCCAAGAUUGGGUGGAUCAUAGCCAGCAAACGUUGUUCUGCCCAGGAAUUCCGGGGGCUGGGAAAACAAUUCUUACAUCCAUGGUGAUUAAUGAACUUUUUGAACGGUGUAAAAAAGACCCUAUAGUGGGCAUUGCAUACUUAUAUUGCAAUUUCCGACGUCACGAUGAGCAGAAACUUGAUGAUCUAAUGAUGAGCCUUGUAAAGCAACUGGCUCUUGGUCAGAACGGCUUACCACAAGAUGCUAAGAGGAUAUUCGAUAAACAUAGGACUAAAAACCAACGCCCAUCACCGAAUGAUACCAAAAAACUUCUUGGAUGUAUGGCAGAUUCAUACUUGAGAGUAUUUAUCGUUAUUGAUGCUCUCGAUGAAUGCCAGGGGUCAGAUGGAUGCCGGGGGGAAAAUUUUCUAGUGGACAUGUUCUCUCUUCGGGAUAAGUCAAAGGUGAAUAUUUUUGCGACUUCGAGACUAAUCCCAGAAAUUAUGGAAAAAUUUGAGACUUGCAAACGUAUGGACAUUCGCGCGAGUGAGGAUGAUGUGCGAAGAUACGUGCGUGGCCAACUAGAGAGAGGUACAAUGGAGCAUCUGCCGUCUCUAAUCAAACGCAAGCCAGAAUUGAAAGAUGAGAUUAUAAAAGGCAUAUCAGAUGCCGUUGAUGGAAUGUUUCUAUUGGCCAAAAUCUAUCUCGACACCCUCGUUGAUAAAGUCACAGUCACCGAUGUUAGAGAGGCAGUAAUGCAGUUGCCUAAGCAGAUCUCAGGAUCUGGAGAAGACAAAAUAUUGGAAAUAUUUAAUCAAGCAUACGAAUCCGCCUGGGAAAGGAUAAAUGGACAAAAAGAGGGAUUUCGCAACAUUGCCACGCGCGUUCUAGCGUGGAUCUCCUCUGCAAAACGGCCAUUAUCCACCAAGGAACUUCAGCAUGCUCUCGCAGUUAAAAUUGGCAUGGAUGAGCUCGACGAAGAUGCUAUCCCACAAGUCCAAGAUAUGGUAUCAUUCUGUGCCGGUUUAGUUACGGUUGAUGAAGAGAGCGAUGUCAUCAGACUGGUACACUACACAACGCAAGAAUUCUUCGAGAAAAAGAAAACCGACUGGUUUUGUAAUGUCGAGGCUAUGAUUGCGGAGACUUGCAUAUCUUAUCUUUCAUUCACAGCCUUUGGGGAACGCUGUCUUGAUUGGUCUGGUGUGUUUCACUUGAGCCGCCGCCAUUUUUAUAGGUAUGCUAGUUAUUACUGGGGUGACCACGCACGCACCGCCGGUAGAAAACUAGAUGGAAUUGUCCUAGAAUUUCUCAUGAAUGAGGCUAAUGCCUCCAAUGCCUUCUAUGUGAUGCUGGAGCGCUUUCGGACGAGCCCCGGCUGCAUAUACCUGAACCCUUCACUGAUCCCCUUUCCACCAGUUUCGGGUCUACAUAUUGCUGUGUGCUUUAUGCUCGAUGAAGUGAUCAAUCUGUUGCUCAAGAGUGGGUGUGAUGUCAACGUGCGCGAAGGGGUCGAAGUGACACCGCUAUUGAUGGCCAUCGAUAUUGGACAUAUAGGUAUUGUGAUUGUCAAGUUACUACUUGACAAGAGUGCCGACUUUGAGGCGGCAGAUUAUGAUGGUAAGACGCCGCUGCACUACGCAGCCGCGAAAGACAAGGGAAUUGUUGAAUUGCUACUGAAUAAAGGUGCCAAUAUUGAGGCGGCAGAUCACCAUGGCCAGAGGCCACUACACAACGCAGUCAGGAAGGAUAAGGCAAUUGUUGAAUUACUACUUGAUAAGGGUGCCGAUAUUAACGCAGUAGACGAAGAUAAUGCGACGCCAUUGAGAAUAGCAGCCAGAUGCAAUGCGAUAGAAAUUGGUAAAUUCUUAAUUGAUAAAGGUGCCAAUUUUGAGACCGCAGAUUUGUUCUUUAAUAAAAAGCUGCGGCGCUAUGCAGCUAGGUAUCGAUACUAUAUAGUUAAUUUUUAA